AUGGAUCUGGACGAGCGGGUGCCCUGCUCCUCGAAUAUGUAUCUGCCCAGUUGUACUUACUACGUUUCCGGUCCUGACUUCUCGGGCCUCCCCUCCUUCCUGCCCCAGAGCCCGUCUUCUCGCCCCGUGCCCUACACCUACCCGUCCAACCUGUCCCAGGUCCCUCCAGUGCGAGAAGUGACCUUCCGGGACUAUGCCCUGGAGCCGGCCAGUAAGUGGCACCCCCGCAACAGCCUCCCCCACUGCUACUCCGCCGACGAGCUCAGGCACCGCGACUACCUCCCGCCCGCCGCCAGCCGGGGCGAGAUGUUCGGGAAGACCGCGGCCGGCGGCGCCUACCACCACCCGGCCACCUCCGCAGCCUCCGCCGCCGCGGCCUCGUCCAGUUUCUAUAGCACGGUGGGCAGGAACGGGGUGCUGCCCCAGGCUUUCGACCAGUUUUUCGAGACCGCCUACGGCCCGGCCGAGAACCACGCGGACUACGCGGGCGACAAGGGCGCCGCCGGGGAGAAAAUGCCGCCCGGAGGAGCCCCCGCCGCCUCGGGGGCUGCUACAGCCGCGGUGUCGAGUUCGGAGACGGCCUGCGACCGGGAGGCGGCGGCGGCGGCCGAGAAGGAGAGGCGGAGAAGGGCCGAGAGCAGCAGCAGCCCCGCUUCGUCUUCCGGCAACAACGAAGAGAAAUCCAGCAGCUCCAGUGGACAACGCACCCGUAAAAAGAGAUGUCCAUACACCAAAUACCAGAUUAGAGAAUUAGAAAGGGAAUUCUUCUUCAGUGUUUAUAUAAACAAAGAGAAACGCCUUCAGCUCUCACGAAUGCUCAACUUGACCGACCGUCAAGUAAAAAUAUGGUUCCAAAACAGAAGAAUGAAAGAGAAAAAAAUUAAUAGGGACCGAUUGCAGUAUUACUCAGCUAAUCCGUUACUUUAAGCCUAAAACUUGUAGUGUUUCUCAGUAUGAGAUUAAAUUCAGCUCUCACCCUUGACAGGGUCAAGCCACAGGGUUACCAAUAAGGAGGAGGUGUGCAGAGGGUACGAGGACUCGGAAAAACUAAGAUGUUUUUCUGCCUUACCUCCAACAUUGACCAACUGUUUUUUUGUUGUUGCUGUUUUCUUUUCAACUGCUUUUAUACAUCUUUACACAUCAGGUGGAAUCCAUGUAACUUUUGGACCCACCCUUUCAAAAAGUCAUUGUAGAAUACAA